CGGUGGCUGUACCGCUAUCUCCGCGAAUAAAUAAAAGAUGCAACGGAGACCAUGUACAUAGCGGUGUUCACCUGCGGGAUCGUGGCUCAGUGCGCCUCUAGACACAUUCCGCGAUGGUCAACUACAAGCGCGUGGUGUGCGAAGUGGCUGUGGUCGCGGUGUUGCUGACGGUCGCUGCUGGAGCCCCUACACCUGACUGCGACAAACACUACGACCAGCGGCAAAAUGGCACCGAGAACUACCGACUUAAUAUCGACGGCGUCGUAAUAGCUGUUGCUCCGGCGCAAUCGCUCCUCGAAGUGGCUUCAGAUAUUGACAUCAGCGACCUUUUGGAGUUAUACGAGAUGAAUGAAAUGGAGAAACCGAAGCCACCAUCCAACCCCAUCAGUAUACCAGAUGUUAAACCAGAAGAUACGAAACCCCAACAAUCGAAGCCUGAAAGUCCUGAGAAACCAGCAGAGGCGCCGCUCAGUGACGUCAGCUUGAACACAGAUUUGAAACCAGCAAAAAAAGACGCUUUAUCCAAGAAACAUGAAAAAACUCAAAGGUUGAAGGCGAGACUCGCUCACAUUCUGCUGCCGCUACUUAGAAAAAAUCGCCAUCACUAAAUAAAAUUUCAAUAAAUAUAAUAAAUAUUACUAUAACCCAUUAUAGAUAAUAUGAGACAUAUUAUUUGUAAUGUAAUAUUUAUUUAUUAGUGU